AUGGUGAACCUGAGGAACGCGGUGCACUCAUUCCUUGUGCACCUGAUUGGCCUAUUGAUUUGGCAAUUCGAUUUUUCAGUGAGUCCAGUGGCUGCUAUAGUAACUGACCUUUUCAAUACCUCCGAUGGUGGACGCUUUAAAUUUCCAGACGGGGUACAAAACUGGCCAGCACUUUCAAUCGUGGUGAUAAUAAUCAUGACAAUAGGUGGCAACAUCCUUGUGAUCAUGGCAGUAAGCAUGGAAAAGAAACUGCACAAUGCCACCAAUUACUUCCUAAUGUCCCUAGCUGUUGCUGAUAUGCUAGUGGGACUACUUGUCAUGCCACUUUCUCUGCUUGCAAUCCUUUAUGAUUAUGUCUGGCCAUUACCUAGAUAUUUGUGCCCCGUCUGGAUUUCUUUAGACGUCCUGUUUUCUACGGCGUCUAUCAUGCACCUCUGCGCUAUAUCGCUGGAUCGGUAUGUAGCAAUACGUAAUCCUAUUGAGCAUAGCCGUUUCAAUUCGCGGACUAAGGCCAUCAUGAAGAUUGCUAUCGUUUGGGCAAUUUCAAUAGGUGUAUCGGUCCCUAUCCCAGUGAUUGGACUGAGGGAUGAAGACAAAGUGUUCGUGAACAACACCACGUGCGUGCUCAACGAUCCCAAUUUCGUUCUUAUUGGGUCCUUCGUGGCAUUCUUCAUCCCGUUGACGAUCAUGGUGAUCACGUAUUUCCUGACGAUCUACGUUCUACGCAGACAAGCCCUGAUGUUGCUGCGCGGCCAAACGGAGGAACCUAUUGGGCCCAGCCUGGAUUUCCUGAAGUGCUGCAUGAAGAACACGGCUGAGGAAGAGAACCCUGCCAACACCAACGAAGAUGUGAAGCCGCGCCGCAAGAAGAAGAAAGAAAGGCGUCCUCGGGGCACGAUGCAGGCCAUCAACAAUGAAAAGAAAGCUUCCAAAGUUCUUGGUAUUGUGUUCUUUGUGUUUCUGAUCAUGUGGUGCCCAUUUUUCAUUACCAAUAUUCUGUCGGUUCUUUGCGGGAAGUCAUGUAACCAAAAGCUGAUGGAAAAACUUCUGAAUGUGUUUGUUUGGAUUGGCUAUGUUUGCUCAGGAAUUAAUCCUCUAGUGUAUACUCUCUUUAACAAAAUUUACCGAAGGGCUUUCUCCAACUAUUUGCGUUGCAAUUAUAAGCCAGACAAAAAGCCUCCAGUCAGACAGAUUCCUAGGGUUGCUGCUACUGCUUUGUCUGGGAGGGAGCUUAAUGUUAAUAUUUAUCGGCAUACCAAUGAACCUGUGAUGAGGAUACCUCAGCGAUGCGAGCCUGGUAUAGAGAUGCAGGUGGAGAAUUUAGAGAUACCAGUGAAUCCCUCCAGUGUGGUUAGUGAAAGGAUUAGUAGUGUGUAA